AUGCAUAUUUAUUUUUUAGUUAUUAUAUUAUUUUACAUAUAUCAAGAAUUUAUUCUUAUGAAAAAUAUGAGGUAUUUAAAAAAGAAGAGAAUUGUGUAUAUGUUUUAUUAUAUACCCUCUGUCGAAAAACAAAAUUGUAUUACAUACACUUUGAAUUCUUUGAAAAAUAUUAGUCCCUUGAAAAAAAAGAAAAAAAAUUUUCUUUUAUUGAAAAAAAGAGAUAAUGAAAAUUUAUGUAUUGACAUAUAUACAACUUUUAAUAAAAAAAGAAAAAAAAGAAAAAAAGAAAAAAAAAUAGAUCAAGACAAAUUAUUCCUUUUUCCUUUGCCUUAUGGAAAUUACAUGCUUAAUUCAAAUUUUGUUGUAAAUAGGAAAAAAAGAAAACAUUUAAAAAAUGAUAAAAGCGAGAUAAAGAAUAACUUUUUGCAUGCCAGCUCACCAGGUCAUGAUGAUGGGGGGGAUGAUCACGAGUUGGUUCUCCAAGAGAAGAGGAAAACAAAAAAAAAAAAAAAAAAAUGUAUGAAUCAUGACAAUAAAUAUAAUCAUGAAAAUAUAUCUAAUCAUGAAAAUAUAUCUAAUCAUGAAAAUAUAUCUAAUCAUGACAAUAUAUCUAAUCAUGACAAUAUAUCUAAUCAUGACAAUAUAUCUAAUCAUGACAAUAUAUCUAAUCAUGACAAUAUGUCUAAUAAUGACCAUAUAUCGAAUGAACCUGUUGAUAAUUAUAGUUCCCUAAAUAUUCUAAACGAAUACCUGAAGAAUAAAGAAUUGUUAGAAGAUAAAAACUACGAUGUAAAGAACGGAUUAAAUAAAGCACAGCUGUUAGAAGAAUAUAACAAAUUAGUACAAAUGAUAAAAGAUAGUGAUGAAAGAAAAAAGAAGGAAUGGAAAGAAAAUGAAAAAAAAGAUAUAUAUGAAAUAAAUGAACGAGUUAUUAGUAGCUCUAGAAAAUUAAAUAUAGAUAAAUUGAAAAGUGAUAUCGAAAAAAAUUUUAAAAGAGAUGAAGUGAUGGAAAAAAAAAUACAAGAUUAUAUGCAUUUAUUUAUACAAAAUGUAGAAAAGGAACGAUUUAAAGAUAUAAUGAUGAAUGAACAAGAACAUAAACAUAAUGAUUAUAUAAAUGAUAAACAUAAUGAUUAUAUAAAUGAUAAACAUAAUGAUCAUAUAAAUGAUAAACAUAAUGAUCAUAUAAAUGAUAAACAUAAUGAUAAUGUACCAAGGUAUAGUGAAGAGGAUUUACCAUCUGAUGAUAAAUAUAUAAAUAAAUCUUAUAUAGAUAAGAAAGAAAAAUAUAUAACGGAAGAUGAAUAUAUAACGGGAGAUGAAUAUAUAACGGAAGAGGAAGCACGUAUGAAUAACGAAAUUUUAAAAGAAGUAUAUAAAGGUAACUUUAAUAAUAUUGAUAAAUUUAAAUUCAAAUAUUCGAAAAGAGAUUAUGAGAAUAUGAAAAAUGAAAAAAAUGAAAAAAAUGAAAAUAUUGAAAAAAUUGAUAUGAACAAUACAUAUAAUGAUAGUUUCGAUAGUAAUAUUUAUAAAGAGGAGGAUAAAAUCAUAGAUGCUUUAUUAAAUAAAAUCCAUAAAGAAAAAACACUUUACCAUCAUAUUAAUGAAAAGGAAAAAAAAUUAUUAGAUGUAUAUGAAAAAUAUAAAAAAGAAAAGAAAAUACAAAGAAGAGAAGACUUGGAGAAUUUAAAAUAUAUAAAUAAACAAUUAGAAGAGAAACAAAAAAGAAUAAACACAAAUAGAAUUGACAUGAAUAUUAGUAGUGUUACUUAUGAGGAUGGUCGUAGAAACGAUUCGGAUGGUUCUUAUAAUAAUAAUUUAAAUAGUAAUGAAAAAAAUGAUACAUUGAUAAAUAUAAAUAAUAAUGAUGAUAAAAAUAAUGAUAAUAAAAAUAAUGAUGAUAAAAAUAAUGAUAAUAAAAAUAAUGAUAAUAAAAAUAAUGAUAAUAAAAAUAAUGAUAAUAAUGAUGAUAAUGAUGAUAAUGAGGAUGAAAUUAUUAAGAAAAACAUUUUCUUCAACAAAAUCGAUGAAAAAUUUAUAGAAAUAAAAGAAGAAGAUAUCAAAGAAAUGAGCGAACUCCAAGUCCAAGACGAAUUAAGAAAAAGAGGAUAUCCAACCUUUGGAUCUAUUGAAGAAAUAAAAACAAGAUUAUGUGAUGUUAUGAAAAUAAGACAAAAUAAUUAUAUAGAUAUAAGAAACAUUUUAAAAAAACCAGAAGAUAAUGUAUUAUCACAUAUAAGAUUAGAAAAAUUAAAAGAAAAUAUUAAAACAUAUAAAGAAAAUGAACAAUAUGGAGAUACAGAAUCUAAAAUUAAACAACUAGAUGCAUCUAUAGAAAUAUCAAAAUUUAUAAAUGAUCCUGUACAUUAUCUUCGUAUAGAUUCUACACACAAAUUUAUAAAUCAAAAUAAACCAAAAAAUAAAAAUGAUUUAUAUAAUAAUACACACACUGAUCAAACUAAUAAUAUGGAAAUUCAGUAUGACACAGAAAAUAAUAUUUUAAAAGAACCCAUUAUAAAUGAUUACAAUUUUAAUGAAGAAAUAUCCAUGGCAGAAAAAAUUAAAAAGACCUUUUCAUUUGAAAAUGAAGAAAAGUUACCUGACCAAAUAAUAACCAGAUUUAACAAUAAUAAUAAUAAUAAUAAUAAUAAUAUCGAUGGUGGUGGUAUGGAUGGUAAUGGUGUGGAUGGUAAUGGUAUGUGUGGUAAUGGUAUGGAUGAACUAGAAGAAGAAACACAAGAAAAAUAUAGAGAACAAGUUUUAAAAUACGGAAGCUUACAAGAAACAAUUGAAGAAUUUAAUUAUAAACAUAAUUUAUCUUUAGAUUUUAUUGGAGAUUUUAUUUGUAAAAGUUCAAAUGCACAUAUACAAGAUAUAAAUAAAUAUAGAUAUAAAACAAAAGAAGAAAUUGAAAAAUUAAAGGAAAAUGAUUUCUAUCAUCUUUUUGAAGAAAAUAAUUUAAACAAUAAUUUUAUUGUUUAUAAAUUUGUUAAUACAAAACAACUCAUAAAAAAUUAUUUAACUACAUCGAAUAUUGUAACACUCAUAGAGUAUGCUAAUAUAGCGGAUCCUGUUGAUAUAAUUCAUUAUUAUACACCAGAAAAUUUAUUUAUGAUUAGCGAGGAUUACAACAUAACUAUUGAUAGGGUUAUUGAUGCAUGUACAAGACUUAACAUAAAGCUGCCAUACGGAGGUGACACACAUUUAAACAAGGAAUGCUUUAAUUUUCUCACGUGUUACCUUAGCAAAUACAAACAGAUAAAAAGGAAAACAUAA